AGUUAUAAUGUUAAUAAAACAGAAAAUGAAGGAUAAAUGGCAAAACAAUGGGAUACAGAAAACAAGUUGGUUCUAUAAAAUUCUAAAGAAAACAGGAUAAAUGAGAAGUACAGAGAGAACAAGAGAUUUUACUCGUCUUAGAUUUGGGCUAAACGGCACUCUUUUUAUUUUAGGGAAACAUUGUAGUGGUCAAUGUGAUUAUUGGGGAGAUGAUGAAACGGUAGAACAUUUGAUAUUAUACUGUCAAAAAUAUGAGGAACAAAGCAGUUGAUUCAAAAUUUAAAUACAAUUAAAAUUAAUGUAGAUUUUGUUUAAUUAUUUAGGAAAAACUUAAAAGGUAAAACUUACCAAAUAAUAUUUCGUUAUCUUAAAUUAACACAGUCACAUUCUGGUCCACACUCCAUACCAGCUGGGGGCGCUAAUGCAACAAUUUUGUUGUUUGCCAACUGCCAAAAAAUAUUGAAACGAAGAAGAAGAACGCCACUGUCCUGACACUUCCUUCUCCCGCAUGGUGGCGACAGAAACUCCAGCAGGCUUGGGAAUAAAAUGUGGAGGGUGAAGGUGGUUGGCCUGGGAGUGGUGGCCCUCUCUCUCAGUCUGGAGCUGCUUGGCUGGCUCUUUGGUCGCGUCAGACACAGAAGACCCCUCAACAAGGUCCUCUUCUUCCCCUCAAAGGUGGCCUGCCUGGAGCACUUGUUCAGUCCGAAAACAGCUCGCUCAUGUUUCUGUCCGUUGCCACAUGGCGUAGAGACGUCGUUCUCUCGUCUCCUCCGCCACCUCCUCUCUGCCUCCUCCUCUCUGGACCUGUGUGUCUUUUCUUUUUCCAACAUGGACCUGAGUAGAGCUGUACUGCUGCUGCAUCAAAAAGGUGUAACUAUCCGAGUCCUUGGUGACAAGGACUACUCUGCCAUCACCGGCUCACAAAUAGGGGUUCUCCGCAAGGCUGGCAUCUGCGUGAGAUGCGACUCUGGCUCCGUGCACAUGCACCACAAGUUUGCAGUGGUGGACGGCCGGCUCCUCAUCACCGGCUCCCUCAACUGGACGCUGCAAGCCGUGCAAAGCAACAGGGAGAACAUCCUCAUAACGGACGAGGCAGAGCUGGUGCAGCCCUUCAUCGAGGAGUUCCACCGGCUAUGGGCGCUCAACGAUCCAGCCCGGCUCUAUAAGCAGCUAUAGCUGAUUGGACGUGAUGGACGCCGGCAGACGGAGAGGGCACGCAUGAAAAAUCAGUUUAUUCUGUUCAGACAAAGUCAAGUUAAAAUGACUGAAGGAAACUAAAAGGAUUAGUAUUUUUUUAUUUUUUAGCAUGUCUCAGUAUUUUUUCUUGGUUGAAAAAUGCAGCCUUUUAAAUAUCAACCAAGUUAUUAACUUGGAGAUGGUGUUCCAGUUUUAUAAAAGUUUUCCCACCAAAUAAACUAAAUUCCUCUUGUUUCAGUAUAAACGCAUGCUGUUUAUUUAGCAGAUUAUUAUUUAUUUUUUUUACCAUUUCACAGGUUUAAUGUCUCUCUCUUAGAUUUUAGUUGAAAGCAGAUUUUUGUUUUUCAUGUGGUAGUGAACUGCUGCAUAUAUAAUACAAGUGUAGAGACGGGUUAGUUUCUUGUUUCUAUGGAAAUCUAUGUAUCUUCUGAGCUGCACUGGCUAUAAAAAUGUAAGUUUAUUGUUUUUACUGGAGGCUCGUGUGUAUCAGUUUUGCAUAAUUAUUCCUUCAGGUGCAGGUUGUUGUUUUUUUAUUUGCUGUUGCUGUAACAUGUUUCAUGUUGUACCAAAUUGUCUAUGUGCAUCAUCACUUGUGGUAUCUUGUUUAAAUGGGACUUUUCAUGAUACAAUGAGAAUUUAAUUGUCUUUAUUUGAUAAGAUAAUAUUUGAAACCUUGACAUCCUCUGUGGUGAUGUUAGAAGUGAGACGUGGGUAGAUGAAGUAUAAGGCUCUGUCACUAACCGGCUAUGGAUGUGGAUGCUAAGGGGUUAGAUGUUUAC